ACUCUCCUCCUCCGAGAGAAAACAAGAUCAUGCAAGGGGGCGCGCGAUGCCCCCUUUCUCCUUUCACCACCAGACCCAAUGAGCAGCGGCGGCGACUCCAGCCUGGCGCCGCCCAGUGGGUUUCUUAGCUCGGAGCAGAUCAGCGGGUUAGGCUACGGCCUCAGCAUCACGGUCGGCAUCCUCCUCCUCAUCACCACCAUCACCCUCAUGUCCUACUUCUGCAGCCGGGUCAACACCUCUCCCACCCAGCCCUCACGGCCCCAUGGAUCCGCGGCCGCUGAUGGGGGCCCCGACGUGGAGGCUGGCCUCGACGAGGCCAUCCUGAGGAGCUACCCCACGGUGCUCUACUCGGAGGCCAAGCUCCGAGAGAAGGGCACCACAACCAUCACCACCGCAUCAUGCUGCUCCAUUUGCCUGGCGGACUACAAGGACACGGACGUGCUGCGGCUGCUGCCGGACUGUGGCCACCUCUUCCACCUCCAGUGCGUCGACCUGUGGCUGCGGUCCCGGCCCACGUGCCCCGUCUGCCGCUCCUCACCGCUGCCCAGCCCCCUCCCCUCCCCUCUUGCCGAGGUCAUCCCGCUAGCAAUCCAGUCCUGAAUUACCAUAUAUACAUUUUCUCCGGUUUCUCUCUUCCUUUAGGGGACAAAAAAGGAAAAAAAAAUCGUCCUAUUUCAUUCUUUCUCGUUAAUUUGUCUGUGAAGAAUAUAUAGUUUCUAAAGAUCUUAUUUCAUUCUUUCUCGUUAA